AUGGAUAGUCUGCGUGAUUAUGUUUGGAUGGAGUAUGUAAUGGAGAUGACACCGGACAAAGUUCGAACUGUUUUCGGGGACUCACGAGUGAAGACAGCCGGUCUAAAAACGGGUUGCAAGCUGGAGGUGACUAAACGCGUUCUUAAUCGUCUCACCUCUCCUGGCACCUGGACGAGACUCUCUAUAAUUCGGGUAACUGGUCCGGAUGAUCAAUCAAUCUCACAGUUUAACCGACUCAUUGAGUCUUGGAUUCCGGUGUAUUCAACUCGAAAGGAAUAUCCCAAGAGGGCUUCCUUAACUCUCUUAACAAAAUCCCAUGACAAUCUCGAGUUCAGGAAAUUAAGGAUUUUGCCGCAAGAGAGUUUACAGCCUACUCAUGUACGACAAAAAAAGGAUGAUUCGUUGCUUAUGAAUAGUUAUCUCACCGAUUAUCGUCGUGUGUGUGAUCCAGAAGGUAAGAGUUCCAGCCAACGUUCUAGCGUUCGGAACUUCACUGCUGAAAGUACGGAUCGGAUGAAGCAAGUUACAGGAAACAAGGUGUCUGAAUCGGAACAAAAACUACGAGAGUCUGCUCGCUUAAGUCUAGGGAAACUUGACAAGAAACCUCGUCAAUCACGUUCACUGGACCCACGAAGAAGCUUACCGACAGACUCAGAUAUUCAUAGAGGCCUCUUAAAGGACCCCCUUCCUACUUCAAGGAAGUCAACUAAUCAGCGCUUGAGUCAGGUGAAAAAAGGUAAUCUUAGUGCGGUGAAAUCCAGCGUGGGAGAAAACAUGCUUGAACCACUGCCUCAGAGUAGGCAUGAUGCCAUCAGUACUUUUAAUGACACUCAAGAAUUUUGCGAAAAUCCGAUAGUGCCCACCCAUCAAGACUGGAAGCCCUCAAUGGAACAUCAAACCAGUAGUAUACAUAAAACAGAAGUUGCGGUGAACCACUCGCCCAUUUUUCAAACCUGCGUUGCUGAAAUGGAGGUAUAUGGUUCCUCUUUCAGUACUUUACCAAUAGAACGAUGCCCAGAAGAGACUACAGGUGUAGCUUCUACCGUUGAGCAGGACUGCAAGCUCCGAAACCUUGCUGAACACUUGGGUGGUGUUUUGGAUGAAGGGGCGACCGUUCUAGCGAAUCGUCUUAGUGAACAAAGUUGCUCAAUGCCGGGGGCGGAGAUUCUGAGCGCCCAGCCUUCCCACGUCACGGACGGCGAAAUAGUUGACUCCACUUUCGCCACCUUACCAGUGGUACAAUGUCCAGAACAAAAGAAGCAUAUAAAUCCCAUAGUCGAAGCUAAUUUCGGGGCUCAAAAUCUUGCAGAACAUUUUAACUACGUUCUGGGCAAUGAGGCAACACUCCUACUUGUGAAUUGUUCUACCGGUGGACGUUCAGGAAAAGAGGUUGAAAUUUUGAUAGAGAAAUCACACUCAGUACCGACCUACGUCACAGACGUUGGGGCAGAUAGUUCAAUCGUAUCCAUUCCGCUAGUGAUAACAACUCGUAAACGGGAUGAAAAUUUGGACCAUAUAAAGGAGACAAAUGACAAAGAACAAAAUCUGACUGGCCACUCUGAAUGUGUUGUGAAUGAGGGGUCGGCUGUUUUGACUGUCAAUCGCUCCGAGGUUAUAAUGACUGAAUCACCUGCACCCCCGGCGCUUAUCCCAGACACUGAGGCGGUUGACUACUGUGAGUCGUUGGUGUUGACACAGCAUCAAGAACAGGGGAAAACGACGAACACAGUUGAGGCGGCGAUUCGGGUACAGGGUCUAAUAGAACAUGUUGACGGCGUUUUAGGAGGAGAGGCAACAGCUUCAUCGGUCAGUGGCUUUACUAAAACUGAUCAGCCAAACACUUGGAAACAUUUAGAAAUGGUGGGAAUUAGUCCUACACCCACUUCUUUACACUGCGACCCUAUCCACGUCUUUUCUGACCAUAUUGUCAUCGCCAAGGCACCACAAUAUGGUAAUCAGAGCCCUCGGGACUGGGCGCUCGAAGAAGGGAUAACUAAUCCUCUUGAUCAAAAUGGCCAAUCUUGUGAGAAGGAUAUUUCAUAUGGACAAUUUAAAGGGGGAAUUGGAAGCCCGACUUCUCCUUCAGACUCAGAAAAUAAACAACCUGGAGUUUCUCAUGAUGGCCCUGAUGCUGUAAACUUUACUAAUUUAUCGAGAACAGACCUAUGUCGUCCUCAAAGUUCCUCUUUUCCAGAACAAGCGACCAGUCCGUGCGAUUUACCGUCGCCUCCUUCUGAAAGUGAGAUUUUUAUCGAGGCAAGCGGUAAUGGAUUAUAUUUGGAAGCAAAGUGUUUGCCGACUCCUCCAGAACCUAACCUUGAGGAAUUCAGGAAAGAUAAUGCUGGUAUGGAACAUGUGGCGAACGAGGAAGGCCAUCUAGGAACAGAGGAUGCUAGGAGCUUUGAAGAUGCAGCCAAUAAAUCCGAAAUCAUGACAUCUUAUGUAGUGAAUACCCCCGACGAGUUGUCUUUUAAAUCCCUUCAACAAUCUUCUGCCUUACCAAGAGGUCUGAAGGAACCAGUUGGUGACGACGAAACUAAAGACCUACCCGGAGCUUUUAAUGAAAUUGAAGACUAUGUGGUCGAAGACGUCACUUCGUCUUAUAAAAAUAGGGCUCUUUCAACCACUCCACCAUUGGCAUCCCUGUCAAUAAAAUUAAACUCUCCGCCUGCUCUUUCCAAACAGCAACCAUGGCAAAUAAUGGUUCAGACGUCACUUGGAGGCUUGAGGGCCACUUCAGUUUCUCCAGCCCAAAAUUCACUCCCUUCCCCAACCUCAUCCAUUCCAGUCCUCAGCUUGAGCCCUGUUGAACCCCCCAGCUCAACGGGAUCUGAUUCUCGAGAGAUUCGAUCGUGGGAACUCAAAUUGGAUCGGCAAAACAGGAGUGCAGUUACCUCGCCUUCUCAUUAUGAUGUCUUAGUCGAUAUUUCUGCUGCCAAAAGUGAUGGUUUUCGGUACAGCAAGAGCGAUGGUCCCUCACGAAAUCACUUCAACAACGAAAUGGGCCAUGAAUCUAAUCACAACGUAUCGACGGUUGUUUCAGUUGAACUGGACGAUGUUGCCACACAGGAAAAUGCCCACAACGCAACUGAGUUAACUAACAUAGGACAAAUGGAAUCACCGAUUUCAAUUACACUUGUAACAGAACUUCAGGAUGAGGGCUGUGGGACAAGUUCACUGGAAUCCUUUUACCAUGUUGCUGUUACCAAACGUGACGACACUCUACCUGAACUCACCUCCAAUCUCAGUUCAACUAAUACAGUUAUUCAUUCAGUGCACGGAACUGAAAACGUCGAAACUGCUGCUCUUCAUAUUGCCCUGGACUCCGAGUGUCGUUGCGGCAUGUCACUUUCAGAUUUGCCACGGGAACGGGGUUCUCAUGUGUCGCCUUCGCUUCUAAGCCGGUAUUCGAAGAUGUCCGAUCCCCCCGCAGAGUCGUGUGCGGUUCUACCCAUGGUCUUGAUCUCGGUCAGUCAAGACAUCGGAGUUGAUGUAUUGGCCAUUCAUGACUUGUCCACAAAGGAGUUUCUGCGCUAUACGGUCUCUCUACUCGGUUACGGCUUCCAUGGUGAUAUACUCGACCCCAGCGAACGAAUUCGGUGGCUCGGCCCUUUUCGCUAUGAUGUCGUUGGCGCCAUUGAAUGGCUGAAGUUGGCCUCUUACAAAUGCCGUAUUGCCUACGUCUCUUCAAUCUCAUCCACCCCGCUCGACACAGGCAUGUGUGCUGCUUCGAACAUGAAGGCCAAGUUUUUGCGCUACGUCCAACCGGACAACAGCGCGGUCAUUUCGACCUGCAACAUCAACGCCGUGCUUGCCGUUAAUUGUCCAGUGUGCCUCAAGUUGGAUUCCGAAUGCGAGGACGGAAAUCUGGCAAGUGAGUCGCCUCAGGCGAAAACCGAUGCACUACUCGACAAAACGGAUGACGAUCGACACAGUCCGUUAACCAAGGGUGGAGACGAAUCUUCAUCCCCCCCUGAGUCAUGUCCUCCUUUCGCGGCCUCGUCCUCUUGUCAACCUUGGCACACGUGCUCAGAACCACCCUGGGAUGAUAUUAAUGCCGCGAAUAGCGAGAUCGGUGAAUUCUCAGAAAAUAUCGGAAGAAGUCCUUGGCGUGUGACUACGGGCCGAUUCGUGGCAGUGAAUGCCUUUCUCAUCUCCUGCCGAUGUAGCAAGUCGCCCUGGGGUCCCGCUCCUUCUGCACACCUUGGCGAUGGAUGCCUUGAUCUUAUUCUCGUUCGUCGCUGCUCCCGAUAUCAGUACCUCCGCUAUCUGCUGUACUUGACAGAACGACGCAAGGGGAAGCACGCCGGGCAUCUCCGACUGCCUUUCGUCGAGGCGUACCGGGUGUGCGCUUUCCAGCUUCAGGCACUCGACCGAGACGGUGUUCCUGUGGCGUCAGAGAAUAUUGCAGCACAGGGUACAUCCGUGUGGUGUGUUGAUGGAGAGGUGCUACGCAAUCCCAAUAUUAUCUGCUGGUGA